CACACACAUUCAUUCAUCAAUCGAUCGAAUAUUAUUCUCAUUGUAUCAUAAAUUUUUAAUAGCUUUCAUUACGUCAAAUUAAACAAAUUCUACGUACUAUUCAAAUAAAAAAAAAAAAAUGGCAGCUUCUUCAACAAUCGUGUGUUUCGGAGAGAUGUUGAUUGAUUUCGUUCCUGAUGUUUCCGGUGUCUCGUUGGCUGAGUCGCCAGGAUUCCUAAAAGCCCCCGGUGGUGCUCCCGCUAACGUUGCUUGUUCUAUCUCCAAGCUAGGUGGCUCUGCUGCCUUUGUUGGCAAGGUUGGGAAAGAUGAGUUUGGAUACAUGUUGGCUGACAUCUUGAAGAAGAAUGGAGUGAACGCCGACGGUGUAUUGUUUGAUGAUCACGCAAGGACGGCUUUAGCUUUCGUGACACUAAAGAAAGACGGCGAAAGAGAGUUCAUGUUUUAUAGGAAUCCAAGUGCUGACAUGCUUCUAAAAGAGUCUGAGCUCAACAUGGACAUGAUUAAGAAAGCCAAGAUCUUCCACUAUGGCUCCAUCAGUCUGAUCACCGAGCCAUGUAGGUCUGCUCACUUGGCUGCCAUGAAGGCCGCUAAGCAGGCUGGGGUCCUUCUCUCUUAUGACCCCAACGUCCGCCUUCCACUAUGGCCCUCGGCCGAGGCAGCCAGGCAAGGAAUCAAGAGCAUUUGGAAUGAAGCUGAUUUCAUCAAGGUGAGUGAUGAUGAGGUGGAAUUCUUGACACAAAAGAGUGGUGAUGAUGAAGAUGCAGUCAAGUCUUUGUGGCAUGAUGGUCUUAAGCUCUUGGUUGUUACCGAUGGAGAGAAAGGGUGUCGAUAUUACACCAAGAACUUCAAGGGAAAGGUGGCCGGGUAUCCAGUCAAGGCAAUUGAUACAACAGGAGCCGGUGACUCUUUUGUUGGCUCCUUGUUGGUUUCUAUGGCAAAAGACACUUCCAUCUUCACGGAUGAAGCGAAGCUGAAACAGGCGUUAGCAUUCUCAAACGCGUGUGGAGCAAUAUGCACGACCAAGAAAGGAGCCAUCCCGGCGCUACCAACUGUGUCUGAUGCCCAAGCUCUCAUGUCCGGUUCCAAGUAGCUAUAGAUAAAUUUUUAACUAUCCAUUUUGUGCCUUAUUGUGGUGUUCUAGAUGUUUUUGGUUUUUUUUUUUUUUUUUGUUAUCUUUCUUUUUAAUUUGCUAGACUUUUGUUCUGAAUGGUUUUGAGAGCCAAGCUUUUGGAUG